UGUUUUGUAUAACGAAACGCGAUUUAACCUAAAAUUUAGUAAAUCAAUUCAGGGUCAAUUAUAAUUUCUAAUAUUUUGUUUAAAUAUUAGCAUUCGAUUGUCUCAAGAGCGUUUGCAUCCGGUGAGGGCAUCUUACGUGUAGUGACUCGACAAUUUCCGCCGUGGACAAGCAUCAGAAUGUUUUACAGACAUAUUUUAAGAACUUUCACCAAUCCACGAAUACGGUGCCUAAAUAACGGUUUUAGGAACAAAUAUAGUAAUUUCGGCAGUCCUGCAUCGCUGUCCACAUCUAUAAAGGCGUUAAAGGAUGAAAAGGUGAAAGUGACAUUUGUGUUACAUGACGGCAAGCGGCUGCAAGCGGAGGCGAAUGUCGGAGACUCCCUACUGGACGUGAUAGUCAACAACGACCUGAAUAUCGAGGGUUACGGCGCCUGUGAAGGCACGCUCACAUGCUCCACAUGUCACGUUAUACUCAAGCAAGAAGACUACGACAGGUUACCAGAAGAAGCGUGCGAUGAGGAGCGUGACAUGCUCGACUUGGCGUACGGCCUCACGGACACCUCGCGGCUCGGCUGCCAAAUCAUCAUGACUAAGGAACUCGACGGGCUGGAGGUGAAGGUGCCAGAAACAAUCAAUGACGCGCGCAGCUGAUGCGGCAGGUUUACUUUUAAUACGAAAAACAGGGCGAAAAGAAAUAAACAGCAAAUAUUUACCAUAAGCUUUUCACCUAUUUUACCCAAAUUCCUAUUUAUGGUGCU